AUGCUUCCUCAACACGUCCUCAUUGCGCUCGUCGCCACUGUCGCUGCCGUUCCGCUUAACAUCAACUUGGGAGCCUACUCGCCUGCCCUGGUAGUCGGUGAUGGAGAGAUCUCACUAGGAUCAACAGAAUCAGCAUCAGAGUUGAUGGCUACGCUCGCAUCGGGAGCAGCAGCCAACGCCGGUGGAGAGGGCGCAGCACAAGGUCAGCAAGAAACACCAGCGCCUGCCGCCGAAGCUCCCGCAGCUGAAGGCGAGGCUGCUCAACCUCAAGAAGAACAACCAGCUGAAGGCGAAGCAGGAAAACGCUCUAUCCUUCGCCGCGCCAUCAGCGACAUCCUCGGCAAGCGCAACCCCGCCCCUGUUGAGCCUAAGAUGGCCGCCGUCGAGGAGGCUAUGCAGUGGAUCAAGCGCGACCUCGCUGGCUUCAAUGCUGCGCUGGGUUACGCAAAGGAGGCCCAGAAGGAUAUGCCCAAGGUUGAGAUGGGCACCGAGAACGCCGGUGUUGGUCUGCUCGUCAACCCUGGUGUCAACGUUCCCAAGGACUCGGCCGCCGCCGGCACCCCACCUGCUGAGAAGAAGACCAAACGCGACGAGGUCGUCGAGGAGGAGGAUGCGCCCAAGAUGACUCUUGUUGCCAUCACCGAAGUUUGA